CCGUCUUUUUUAAGUUUUUUCGAAUGUAUUAAUCGUUCUGCGCUCCCGAAUUGCUAAGGAUAAGAGCUCCGCCGUUCUUCUUCCUUUCCAAUGGGAACAAAUUGAAAAGAAAGAUGGGUAUUUCUGGCUAAUUUGGCAUAAUGUUGGAGUAUCAUACUUCUGAGAACAUGCUUUUUAUGGAACCAUCUCUUUCUCUAGAAGAACCUCUUCAACUUGAGCCUCAACCUUCUUAUUCUCUGAUGUCAGAUGUAAAAAUUAACGCAGAACAACAGCAGGAAGUACAGGCCAAAAGUUCUGCAGCGGUAGUUGAACCUUCUGAUUCCAUAGGCUUACCCUUGGAGUCAAAAUUACCCACCUCAUCACAGAGCUUAACCGGAUCAGUUUCUCCUCUGGAGAAUGCCAUGACUUCAUCAUUAGAGUUACUUGGUUCUCCCUCAUCUGAUAUAUCACAAAUUUCAAAAGAAAAACGGGCUUGUUUUCCAGCACAACAUGAAGAUGAUAGCUCCGUAAUAAACGGCAACUUUGCUAACUCUACUGCUAGAAUUGGCGCGGAUGCUGCUUUGCCACCUAAAGAAUAUCACGGUGUCUCAGCAGGUGAUGCCUCAAAGGGAAUGGAUGCUAAUAUUUUCUGUCAAUUUGAAGGUAGAAAUCUGCCUGGCUUUGCCGAUAAUCAGACCAAUGAAAAAAUUAUUGCUAAUGAGAUAAAUAAGGAAGAAGACAUGCCGCCUGUUAUACUCAACGGCCACCAUCUUCACACCCAUGUGCAAGUCCCAAUGCAUAUGAAAGGAUCAGAAUCAGCUGCUUCUACUGAACACGUCAAGAAACUGAGUGAAAAUAAAAGGCUUGUCCAUAUUGCAGCACCAUUUGAAUCAGUUAGGGAGGCUGUGUCAAAAUUUGGUGGCAUUGUAGAUUGGAAAGCUCACAAAACACUCACUGUAGAGAAACGCAAGCAUAUUCAUGGUGAACUCGAGAAAAUACAAGGAGUUCCGAUAUACGAAAAAGAUUCAGAGGCUGCAGAAGUUGCUAAGGACGAAGCACUGAAGGAGUUGGACAGUAUCAACAGCCUUGUAGAGUUACUUAAGCUGAACCUAGAGAGAGCACAAAUUAACAAGGUCCAAGCCAAGCAGAAUGCACAACUCGCUCAGCUUCAAGCCAAAGAGAUCAAAGAUGGUAUUGCCGAUGCGGCAAGCAUUGCAUCGGUAUCAAAACUUGAGGUUGCUGAAGCUUGGUAUGAAGCAGCAGUUGCAGAACUGAACUCUGAAUUAAUAGAACUUCAAGAACAAAGCACUUUUCUAGUUGGUCAAAGUGAAAUUGUGAUGAGAAGAUCUGAGGAGGCUAUUUCUGCUUCCAAGGAGAUCGAGAAGGAAGUGGAGGGCUUAACCCGAGACCUCAUCACCGCAAAAGAAUCACUUGAAUCCGCCCAUGCUGCACAUCUUGAGGCUGAAGAGCAUCGCUUGAGUGCAGCUCUGGCUAGAGAUAAAGAUUGCCUUUACUGGGAUAAGGAACUACAGAAAGCUCAAGAAGGGCUGCACAUGCUUAAUGAACAAUUUUUGCAGGUGAAGGAUGUCAAGACAAAAUUAAUAGGAGCAUCCAGUUUGUUGGCUGAACUCAAAAAAGAAUUGGCUGCAUAUAUGGAAUCCCAACUGAAAGAACAGUCAGCGAGUCUUGAAGAAGACGAGUCCGAAGAUGAUCUGGAUUUGGCUUCUAAGAAAAAGGAGCUUGACAAGGUUAAGACUAAUGUUGAGAUGGCAAGAAAUGAAGUCAGCAUACUAAGAGUAGCUGAAUCCUCACUCAAGUCUAAGCUUGAAAGCGAGAAAGCGGAGCUUGUCUCAUUGAGACAGAGGGAAGAAAUGGGUUUGAUAGCUGUUUCCUCACUUGAAGCUGAGAUUGAAAGGACAAUAGAAGAAAUCGAACAAGUCGUUGCGAAGGAGAAGAUAGCGCGGGAGAAGGUGGUGGAGCUUCCGAAAUUGCUUCAGCGAGCGGCUCUUGAAGCAGAAAAAUCAAAGUCAUCAACUAAGAUGGCACGAGAAGAGCAAAGGAGGUUAAUUGAAGAAGUAGAGCAAGUUAGAUCCACUUUAAGCAUAUCAAAGUUUAGGCUGACAGCAACUUUAAAGGAAAUUGAAGCUUCUGCAGCAUCAGAAAGGCUGGCACUUGCAGCUGUUAAAGCUCUAGAGGAUAGUGAGGCUGCUGCCGCUAUGGGAGAGUCUUCUCUGGGAGUGCCCCUUCCUCUUGAGGAGUACUACACCCUGAGCAAGAAGGCCCACGAAGCUGAGGAGUCUGCUAAUGAGAGGAUCAUUGCUGUAGCAGCCGAAAUUGAGGCGGCCAAGGUAUCUGAGUUGAAUAGUUUGCAGAGAUUGAAAUAUGCAUACCAGGAGUUGGAUAGAAGGAAGGAAGAAUUGAGGGAUGCUGCUGAAAAGGCUAACAAAGCUAAAGAAGGUAAACUUUGGGCUGAGCAGGGGUUGAGAAAGUGGAGGGCUGAGCAUGAGCAGCAGAGGAGAGCAAGCAGAGGUGGCCAAAGUGCUUUGAAUCCUCCAAUGUCUCCGGCAAAAAAAACUGAUGAUAGUUUUGUGACAAAAACUGAGAGCACAGCAGCUGUUUCUGUUGCAGCUAAUGUUAUUCAUCUUUCCCCAGGGCCAAAGGUUCACAUAUCAGGUGAUAAAAUAGAGCAUGCUGUCCCAGAUUUCAAGCCAAGGAAGAAGUCUUUUAUUCCUCACAUGGUUAUGUUCAUAGCCAGGAAAAAGGCACAAUCAAGGAAGUAGUUAUCUGGCUUGGUGGAAAGUGCCUAUUUUGUAUUCAUUAUGCCUAGAGUAUCCAUUAUUGCUCAUGCCCAAAAGGUGGAUACAAGUACAAGCUUGACUUGCUUAUUUGUAGAAGCUUUGCUGAAUAAUUGGAGCGUAUAUUUGUAAUCAAUUUGUGAAGGUUGGAGUUUCAAUUUGUAAAGGGAUUUGUUUGAAUAACACUGCCAGUUAAAAGAGAAAAGACUGAAAUUUUUAGUAAUGUGGUUGGUUCAAAUUUGAUGUCAAUUUUGGGCAUUUCACAGAGAGAGAAAGAGAGAGAGAGGAUUGAGUAAGCCAGAUGUUACCUUCUGUAAGUAUAAAUAAUGUUAAAAGGUGUGUUGCAGCUAGGGGGGUGUAUAGAUUUACUCAAAACGGAGGAAGAUGCACAGUGAAGUAAUCUGUGAGAUGAAGGCCCCGUUUGGGGCAGUUUCAUUGGAGCGUUUGCAUUUUGAAAAUACAACCGAGGCGUUUGUCUCGUGUGUUCGCUCUGCUUAUCCGAAUAAGUCGUUCAGGUUUUCUUAAUAAACGCGGUCGCAGGCUCGACCCUGCGGUCCACGUUCUUACCCCCUUUUAUUACCCGCAUGCCCUCCGUUCCUCGCUUGACCCCCAUUCUGCCCUUGGUGACUCCUCGCUCGUCUCUCUCCCUUGAAUGCUCCUAUAUUGCGAUUAAUGGUGUCUUGCACCUCUUCCUUCUCCCUCCGACCUCUGGUUAUUAUGCUCUGUAAAUAAUUUUCGAUGGAAUGUCUUUCUAUAUUCUAUUUGUGGUGAUUUUUCGAUGGAAUGAUAUUUUGUAUGCAGUUUCCCGAUGGAAUGGCUUUCUUUAUGCUAUUUUUUUUAUUUUUGGAUGUUAUUUGGAGAAUGGGUGAAAGUGUGUGUUUCAUUUGACGAUAGCAAGACUUCAGAUACUCAUUUGCAGAGGGUGAUCAU